AUGGAUGGGGCAAGUUCCAUGGGCACAAAAGGAAUGGAUGGGGCAAGUUCCAUGGGCAAGAAAGGAAUGGAUGAGGCAAUUUCCAUGGGCAAGAAAGGAAUGGAUGGGACAAUUUCAAUGGGCACAGAAGGAAUGGAUGGGGCAAGUUCCAUGGGCACAGAAGGAAUGGAUGGGGCAAGUUCCAUGGGCACAGAAGUACUGGAUCGGGCAAGUUCCAUGGGCACUGAAGUACUGGAUCGGGCAAGUUCCAUGGGCAAGAAAGGAAUGGAUGGGGCAAGUUCCAUGGGCAAGAAAGGAAUGGAUGGGGCAAAUUCCAUGGGCACAGAAGGAAUGGAUGGGGCAAGUUCCAUGGGCACAGAAGGAAUGGAUGGGGCAAGUUACAUGGGCAAGAAAGGAAUGGAUGGGGCAAAUGACAAAAAGACAAAUGAAAGAAGGAACUAA